AUGAGCGCAUGUGGCUGGAAGGCCACCGCCGUCGUCAUUGCGCUCAUCGACGAGCACGCAGUCUCCACAAACGGCGCUCCCAUCGACCCCAAUAUAACCCCCUAUAACUACGGACCAAUGACGCCCCUUGAUAAGGCAACCCGCGCCUUUCGCAUAGAAACUAUAGAAGUGCUACUUGCCCGCGGUGCAAAGCCGUACCUCCGAGAGGCCACUUAUUUCAGAUCGUUCCUUUUUGACCCCGUCGUUUUCGCAAUGUUUCACGCACGGGAGUUGUUGGUGCCUUUUGUCGAGCGUGGAUUCCAUCUCGAAGGUAGUAGGUUUAUGCCCCGGACUGCUCUGGGGUUUGCAGUGCGAUUCGGUUGUAUUUCGACGGUGAAACUGCUGCUUAAGCAUGGGUCGGACGUCAAUCAGAGACAGCGAUGCAACGGGAUGACUCCGCUUCACGAGUGCUGCAAGCGGUGUGGGAAUAUUGAGAUGAUGACGGUGUUGCUGGAGGCGGGAGCAGACGUCGAUUUGUAUAAUUGGUAUGAUCUGACCCCGCUUCAGCUGGCGAUGUGUAGGGGAGAUGUAGAGGCGGUAAGGCUGCUGGUGUUAGGCUUCGCUAUUACGGCGGGUUACUGGCUAGUCAAAACUUUCAGCGGAAAGCACUACCAACUAUCAUCAACCCCGAUAUAUCCGUAA